AUGGCGGAGAGCAAGGAGGGCUCGAGUGGGCCCAGGGGUCAGAGAAAGUCGAAAGGUUAUGACCAUCGGAACUCGGUUGGGAUUGCGGCUCCUGCUGGUACGUUGAGGUUGGCUCUACUGUUCUUGAAGGCACUUGAACUGAAAUCGAUGGAAUGUGUAGAACUUUCCGACUUCGACAUGGAUGAGGACGAACUGAGUCAAGUUAUGCAAGAGAGUACGACGAAGGGGAACAAGGGCAAGGGGGCUGCAUCGGCAUCGAGGAAGGAUGUACUUGGGACGUCUGGAAAGCGAUUCAAGUCCAAAUCGAAAGCAAGCAAGGUUGCGCUGGCUGCGCAGUACAAGGAAGAGGGUGAGGAAGAGGCGCCCGCGCUUAAACGCAAAUCUGCCUCUGCCUCGCCGCGGCCCAAUAAGCGACAGAAGCUGUCGCAGGAAGCUAGUAGCCAAGCGGCAGAAGAUUCUGUGACGGAGUCCGAGUCCGAGGAGGAUGUCCCAAUUCCCGCGCAGAAUGAAAUGUCGGUGACUGAAGAAGAAUCGGUUACGGAAGAAGAGUCUGUUACCGAGGAGGAGUCUGUGACUGAGGAUGAUGAUGACGAUGAACCUUGGGAGUAUAACAAGGAUGGUACUCCGCGGCUUAAGCCUGGGUUUGAGCUUGGUCCCGGUCAAGAGAGGCUGGGCCCUAUGGUAUUGGACCAAGUGCAGGGUAUCCAGGUCCCUGGUGCGAUAAACACGUAUCUGCGAGAGUACCAACGUGAGGGCGUCCAAUUCUUUUGGGAUAUGUACAAGCAAGGCAGAGGAGGUCUGCUUGGCGACGACAUGGGACUUGGAAAAACAAUCCAGGUUAUCUCGUUCCUUUCUGCCAUUAUGAAAAAGACGGGUUCUCAGGAUGACCGAAAUCGUCGGCGGAAACAUGUGUCCCGGUUGCAGGAUGGGGAGAUGUGGAAAAAGCAUCGCAAAUUGCCCAAGGCGAACGAGAAGUGGCCGACGUGUCUUAUUAUUGCUCCGAGCACGGUUGUGCAGAAUUGGUUACGGGAGUUUGAGACGUGGGGUUAUUUUGAAGUGGGAUCGUAUGCUGGAGACUCUAAACCGGCUGACCGCGAGGCCAUUCGACAUGAUUUCAAACUGGGAAGAUUAGAUGUCCCUCGCAAAGACAUCGAAUAUCUCGACACUCUUGACUGGAGUUGUGUGAUUGUUGACGAAGUUCAUAGAGUCAAGAAUGAAGAUGCGGCUGUUACCCAAGCUCUGCAUCAGUUUGCGUGUCCGAUUAGGUUUGGACUGACGGGAACGGCGAUUCAGAACUCGUAUAAGGAGCUGUGGACUAUCCUUGAUUGGACGAAUCCUGGGAGGAUUGGGACAGUCAAGGAGUGGAAUGAGUAUGUUGCGAAGCCGUUGACUGAGGGUCAGAGUACGACGGCUUCGGCUGAGACGAGGAAGAAGGCUUUGAUUGUGGCGAAGAUCCUGAAGCAGAAGUUCCUUCCUCAGUAUUUUUUGAGAAGAACGAAGGAUAUUAUUUCUCACCAGCUUCCAAAGAAGACAGAUCAAGUCGUGUUCUGCCCUCUGUCCAAAUUCCAGAGCAGUGUGUACAAGAAGAUUUUGAAGUCGAGAGAUGUGCAAAAUCUUUUGAGGCGAGAAGAAGAGUGUUCGUGUGGAUCUAAGAAGAAGAGAAAGAAUUGCUGCCAUCCUUUUGUCGCUGCGAAUGUGUUCAAGUAUAUGUCUAUUUUGAUCAAGUUGUCUAACCAUCUUGGUCUUAUUUUGCCUGGAAGUCCAAGAGACUCGGCUGAACAGCAGGAGCGUAAUAGAGAGCUUGCUCAGCUCGCCUUUCCUGAUGGUAAUGUGCCGAUGUAUGGGAAGGUUAUUAUCGACCCAAGGUAUUGCGGAAAGUGGCAGGCCUUGAAUAUCCUUCUGAAACAGUGGAGAGCCGACCCGACAAACAAGGUGCUGAUCUUCACCAAAUCUGUGAGGUUGUUGGAGAUGUUGGAGUAUCAUCUCCAAACGCAGAACUACGGGUUUUGUAAGCUGGAUGGGAGCACGAAGCAGUCGGAGCAUCCUGCGCAUGAUUUGCAAGCUAUGGAUAGGUCCUAUCGGUUUGGCCAAACGCGAGAUGUUUCGGUGUAUCGGUUGCUUGGAGCUGGCUCCGUCGAGGAACUGAUCUAUGCACGUCAGAUCUAUAAGCAGCAGCUUAUGGCGAUUGGGUAUGAGGCUAGUGUGCAGACUAGGUAUUUCCAGGGUGUGCAAGGCGAUGUCACCAAGCGGGGUGAACUCUUCGGUCUCGAGAAUAUCUUCAAACUCCAUGAGGAUAAGUUGGCGACUAAGAUGGCGAUUGAGAAAGCGAAUCUUGCAGAGUUCAAUUGGGCUAUGGCUAAUCUUGGGGGGAAGAGCAAGUCGCGCAAGUCUAAGACGGGGGAUGAGUUGUUGGCGGAGGUGCAAGGUGUUAAGAUCUCGGAUAGCGACAAGGAUUUGCAGGGAUUAGGCGCCCUGCUGUUCUCGGACGAUGCCCCUACUGCACUCUCGGAGGAUAGUGAACAGAACGCGAUCCAGAAAGCGCUGAGCACGAUUGGUGUCAGCUAUAUCCACCACAACGACCAUAUCUUGAAGCCGAGCAGAAUUGAAGAAGAGAGGACGAAUUUGACCCUCAAGAGGAAACAGAUGAAGGAGAAAAAGGCGAGUGAGAAGGCCGAGGCAAAGGAAUCGAAGCCGAAGAGGAAGGAGAAGGAGAAAGAGCCGGAUGCGAAGACGCCAGCAGUGUGGCCACCUAUCCGUGGCAAGGCGAAGAGGGCGCAGAUGGCUUCGGCAGCGGCUAAUCCAAAGACACCUGAGCCGCCUUCGAGUCCUCCCAGGACCAGUCCAGUCAGAUCGCCGAGCCCAGAGAAGGAGUCUGUAGCGGAGGUGAAGAAGAAGUUUAGCCCUGAAGAGCAACUUCGAGCGCGUCAUGAAGCUCUCGUCGAGCUAGGGUUCAUCAAUGGUCCUGAAGAGUUGCCUAAAUUCGUUCAGCUUUUCGUCAAGAAUACCCCUGAAAUGCAAGAGGAAAUCCUUGGCGAGUUGGACGCGUUCAUUAAAAGCCAGGAAGAAGAAGGCGCGAGCGAUUCGUGA